UUUAGCACCUUGGAUAGCUCCUUCAAGGUUCUGGGCUGGUUCUGACAUCGCAAUCCUAGACAGGUGUACACAGAAGUAAGGCCCAUUGAGCUCAAUGAGGCAUACGCCUAGAUAAGCGGCUCUAUAAGAUAGCGGACUCAGAGUAUAUAUAUAAAAAAUCAGAGGCGAGAUGGUCCUAAAUUGUGCAAAAAAGUAGAAGACGUGCGUGACUCUACCCUUUCUAUGUUUAUGGUGUGCCUCCAGGCGCAUGCGCACUGUGUCUGAGAUGCCCCCAGCUCCGCACCGAGUUACCCGUGAGGACCGCGAAGUUAGCUGAGAGCGCUGGAGGCGGAGAAGGCGCCCAAGGUGUAUUUUCCCCGCUAGCCUCGAGGGCUGAACGGCUGGUGGUGGUGGUGGCGGCGGCGGCGGCGGCGGCGGCAGGGGAACUCUUGCUGUACUUUGUCUUAGACUUUAAAGAGGAAUGUCAUGCUAUCUCCAUGCAGAAGACAUUCCAGUUAGAGGGUCUGUAUAUGUUCGGGAACAUGGUCAGCUAUAUAAGGUAAAUCAAGCUUCAGGAGGAGUAAACCACAGUGCUUCAAAUCCAAGGCCUUCAAGACUCUUCUCCAAAGGAUUCUCUGUUGAGCUCUGUGUGAACAGGGAAAAUGACAAUGGAAGGACAGAGCACUUCAUUUUCACUUACACGAAGGAGGGGAAUCUCCGUUAUUCUGCUAAAACUCUCUUCAGCCUUGCCCUGAGUUACAUUGCUGACAACAUUAACCAUGUUGAUUCAAUGAUUGGCUUUCCAGAGCAGAUAGCAGAAAAGCUUUUCUAUGCGGCAGAUGCUAGGCAGAAAUUUACAGAACCAAGAACAGGACUCUGCGCAUUGCAAAAGUUUACCAAUGUUUAUGGAAGUUUAGUGCUUCAGACGCUAUGCUUGAAAAACAGUUAUCUGGUUGUUUCUGAAAAACUUGAAGAAAUUAAAUCCUUCCGGGAUCUAAUAUGCUUGGAUUUGUCCUGUUGUAAACUUGGAGAUGAGCAUGAACUGCUAGAACAUGUCACCAAUGAAACACUAUCUAGUCUGACUCGGCUUCUCCUGAAAGAUAACUGCUUAUCGGAUACUGGUGUUCGCAAAAUGACAGCACCUGUUCGAGUUAUGAAAAGGGGCCUUGAAAAUCUCUCACUAUUAGAUUUGUCUUGUAAUCCAGGAAUCACCAAUAGAGGACUUAAAUACCUGAGUUCUUUCAAAAAGUUGAACUAUUUGGAUCUCUCUGGGACUGGCCUCAAGGACACGAAGGCAGCCAUUUUUUGGAUCCAGACACAAAUUGGCCUAGUUUGUUCAGAGGUGCCAUUGAAAGAAUUUGAUCACAACAGCUGUAAAACAGAGGGAUGGGCAGAGCAGACCAUCUUGCAGUGGGAGCACACAAUCCUAGAAGCAAUUAAGCCCAAAGAAAAUUUGAAAACUAGAACAGCAGUUCAACGUUUCUAUGGAAAAAGACCCAGGGCAGAAGAACCUCUUGAAUCCUGCACAGGAGCAAAGGAAAGAAAGACUUCUGAGAACUUGCAGUUCUACAAAGGAAAAGUAGAAAUGUCAACUUUUCCUUUACUAAAAGGGAAGACUGAGAUGGGUGAAGAAUUACAGAAUGAAAGGAAGGAUGCAGUUGAGCAGAAAGAACAGAGCUUUAAAUCAAAGCAUUUGAGUUUCUCAAUGUCAGACUGGGACCUGCUAAAUUCUUAUUGAAUCCAGAUGGUAAAACUACUGUGAAUUGAUUUUUAAAAAAGUAACAUGGCACUGUUUCUACCUCUGAUGAAAAGGGGUAGUGGUCUCAAAAAAGCAAUGACUCAUUCCAUUUCUGUAUUUAACAUAGCAUUCUUUCUGUCAACAAAUGAUUACGUUUCAAGUAAUGAAUAAUAUGAGAAAGAUAAAUACCCUGUACGGUUUCAUUUUCAAAGGGCUGAUUCACACAACUGUACAUUGUGUUAGGAUUUACAGCUGACCCAGGAGAAGGGUUUCUGUUGAGAAACUAUUCUUGAGGUGCUAUUAGACCCUUUGUGGCGGUUGAUUUCUGUUGGCUAUUUUUACACAUGCAAGUCAUCAUUGAGUGUUGUACUCAUCUUAUUCUCUAUGCUGUAACUAAAGAAACAGGGUGAGAUUUAACCAUAAAGAAUUGGAUUUAGCAGAAUCAACAUAAGAAUUGAGAAAUCGGGUUUGUUAAACUUGAUGCUGGAAAUUAUGCUUUUAAAACCUUCACAAUAUAGUUUAAGUAUUUUUUU